CGUUACUCAUUCGUAAUUUCUUUAACCUCAAUUAUGUUUUUUAAACGAAGAUGUGAUUCCGAAAUACUUUUGUAAUAUAUUUCGUGAAAUUAGGUAUGUUUUUAGUUUUUGUAUAAAAUUUUUCACAUUCAGAAAUAUGUCGAUGAACAAAUAUAUGCAUCCCAGAAAUAUUUAUAAAUCACCUCCGGAUUUUAAAAAGUUAGCUUUAGACUUUCCGGAAUUUAGACCUUUUGUAAAACAAGAUAUAACUGGAAAAGUAACUGUAGACUUUAAAGAUGUUAACUGUCUCCGUGCUUUAACUUGUAGUCUGCUGAAAAAAGACUUUAGUCUUUUUGUUGAAAUACCCCCGAGUAAACUCAUACCAACGAUCCCUUUACGUUUAAAUUACAUUCUGUGGAUAGAGGAUCUAUUAAACUCUGUUGAAAGAUUUAACGAUAUAAUUGGCAUUGAUAUUGGAACCGGUGCAUCUUGCAUAUAUCCUUUGCUUGCAGCCAAAAAGAAUAAAUGGUCAAUGAUUGCUACCGAAAAAGAUACAGAGAGUGUUACUUGUGCUAAAAGCAAUGUGAGAAAUAAUUCAUUGCAGGACUUUAUAACAAUUGUUGAAGUGAAAGGGGGAAAUCUACUAGAAGAUGUAAUUGAUGACAAAGUAUAUGAUUUUUGUAUGUGCAAUCCACCAUUUUUCUCAAAUGUAGAAGAGUUACACCCUUUUUUUAAAUCUAGAAAAAGCAGCAGGCCUCAUCCGAAGAAUGCGUUCUGUGCUUCUGUUAACGAAGUUGUAUCAAAAGGAGGGGAAGUUGAAUUUAUAACAAAAUUGAUUAAUGAAAGCAAGAAUUUAGGCGAAAGAGUUAAAAUUUAUUCUACUAUGAUCGGUCAGAAGUGUAGCUUACCCACAUUGAAGAAAGCCUUACGAGAAGUAAAAGUAGAGAGUUUCAUCGAAACUUAUUUCUGUCAAGGAAAUACAACAAGAUGGGGUUUAGCUUGGACAUUUUCGAAAGAAUUUGAUUUGAAAAAAAUUCAUGAUCCCAUCAAAGAGCAGUCUAAAAAAACUAAACCAAAACAUCCUUUAAUACAUCCACUUCCCUUAACAAAUGUAAAUGAAUAUUCAAUAACUUUCGCCGCUGAUAAGUUACUAAAAAUGUUUGCAGAACUUGAAAUGGUAGUGGAAGAAGUCUCAAGAAAUAAAAAUAUACUUCGUUACUUUGUGACUGCUUUCUCUAAUACUUGGGCGAAUCAAAGGAAAAAAAGAAGAGAGGAAAUGAGGAAACAUAAAAAUGGAGCAAAUGAACUUUCUGAAAAUAACAAUGACUCUGCUAACUCACCAAAAGGGCGGAAUAGUACAAAUACAGACAGUAAUGACAAUGAUGUUGAUCUAAAGAAGUCUCCUGGAAAGAGAACCCACGAGUGUUUCGAUGGCUCGUUAAUGAAAAAACUGAAAAUAACUACAAACAGUGGAGAAGCAGCUGCAGUUUUUUUUAAAUUUACACUAGCAGUUAGAAUAGAAGAAACAAAUAUAUAUUUAGAAUUGAAUUGUGCUGAAUGUGAUAAUAGAGAAUAUUUGCAUCAGAUAUUGCAGUAUAUCAAGAAUAAUUUAAAAGUUUAAAAUUGCAUCGUUUUGAAUGUAAAAAUAUUUUGUUUUUGACACAUUGGAAAUAUUUAUUUUUGUUACAUAUUAUUAAAAUAAUUAAUAAUGUAAUGUGAUUUUAUUUAUGGAUACAAUUUAAAUUCUCAGAAAUGAUGUUUUUAGUUUAAUAACUGUAUCAUUGGAAAAAGUAUGCAUCAACGGUACGGUUAAGAAUGUAAAUAGUAGAAAAGGAAUAGUUACACUUUCAUCAAAAUCGCUAUUUUAUAA